AUGCCAGCGUGCACUGAGAGUCAUCAUACAGUAACCUGCAUCAAUGAAUGGCGCGCAUCAGUGAAUGGCUUGGAUGGCCUGGACGGCCAUUUCACCUGGUCGAAAAUAGGUCAGGAGUUGGGCUUCAAUUUCCUGAGCCCCCCUCGGCAGACUGCUGUAGCUGCAUGUAGUUUGGCAUGGCGUCAGGAACGCGCCGCACGGGAAUUGCGACGGGGCAGGCCAAUAAGUGCCAUCUCCGACUACUCUAGUGACGUGGAUCUGCCACUUUCACCGCCUGUCUUCGCGUCGAAUUGCACAAUUUACGACAGUAACCACAACUACGAGUACGCGCAGGACUGGGUCCGGGAAGAUCAUUUCACCUGGACACUGGCGACGCGAGACAUGGACCCUAAGCCUGAUCCUCUCUCGAGCGAUUUCCCACCCGUUUACGCUCGCGAGACUACGAUUCGAGAUUCAACAAUUCGAUAG